AAUGGCAGCGAGGCUUUUGCUUUCGAGCCCAAUGGGGGAGCGGCGGCCGUACGGCCCCCUAGUUCACGGGAGCCGAGCCGGGCCAAACCCAGUUGCUGCCGCGGCCUCCUUCUCUUCGCGCCCCCCCAACCUGCCAGCGCGGAGUUGGCGGCGACAGCGGCGGCCUCGGGCUUUGUCCCAGCGCCCCCCCUCCGCAUCCCCUCCCGCACCCGCGGGGCCACCGCCUGCGGCCCGGCCCGACAUCGCGCCUCCGGGGGCCCGCGCCGCCCCGCCCGCCGCCGCCGCCGCCUCCGCGCGCUCCCCUCCCGCCCGCCCGGAGGCUCCGCCGGCAGCGCCGCCUCCGCCCGCCGGGCCCGGGCCGUGCCGGGGGAGGAGGGGGAGCAGCGCCGCCGCCGCCGCGGCCGGGCCCGUCCCCCACCGCCUCCCCCAAACACCAUAGGCGGCUCCGGCACCAAGAUGUCCAACCGGGUGCUCUGCCGGGAGGCCAGCCACGCCGGCAGCUGGUACACCGCCUCAGGACCCCAGCUGAAUGCACAACUAGAAGGUUGGCUUUCUCAAGUACAGUCCACAAAAAGACCUGCUAGAGCCAUUAUUGCACCCCAUGCAGGAUAUACCUAUUGUGGAUCUUGUGCGGCCCAUGCUUACAAACAAGUGGAUCCUAAUAUUACCCGAAAAAUUUUCAUUCUUGGGCCUUCCCAUCAUGUGCCCCUUUCCCGAUGUGCACUUUCCAGUGUGGACAUUUAUAGAACACCUCUGUAUGAUCUCCGAAUUGACCAAAAGAUUUAUGGAGAAUUGUGGAAGACGGGAAUGUUUGAGCGUAUGUCCCUACAGACAGAUGAAGAUGAACACAGUAUUGAAAUGCAUUUGCCUUACACUGCUAAAGCCAUGGAAAGCCAUAAGGAUGAGUUUACUAUUAUUCCUGUGUUGGUCGGAGCACUGAGUGAGUCAAAAGAGCAGGAAUUUGGAAAACUCUUCAGUAAAUACCUAGCUGAUCCUAGUAACCUCUUUGUGGUUUCUUCUGACUUUUGCCAUUGGGGUCAGAGGUUCCGUUACAGUUACUAUGAUGAAUCCCAAGGAGAAAUUUAUAGAUCCAUUGAGCACCUAGAUAAAAUGGGUAUGAGCAUUAUAGAGCAGCUAGAUCCUGUAUCUUUUAGCAAUUACUUGAAGAAAUACCAUAAUACAAUAUGUGGAAGACAUCCUAUUGGUGUAUUAUUAAAUGCUAUCAACGAGCUCCAGAAGAAUGGAAUGAAUAUGAGCUUUUCAUUUUUGAAUUAUGCUCAGUCAAGCCAGUGUCGAAACUGGCAAGACAGCUCAGUGAGUUACGCAGCUGGAGCGCUUAUGGUCCACUGAACCGCUGAAUGCUCAGGGAUGGCACCUGCACACACUCUGUAUACGGGGUCCCAGCCUAGCCCUUACAAAGAUACAGUCCCUGGUCUUUGGGUAUACUGAAACCUCAAACUAAUAGAACUCUCUUCUUUUCUAGUAGGUGUAGUCCUUCCUUAGUUUCAACUCAUUUGAAAAUGCUUUCUUGUUUAGGACAAUGGAAGGAAGGCUGGUAUUGAAACAUUUUGUGAUUUUUUUUUUAUUAUUAUUUUUUUGAAAAGAUAAUGGCUAUGAUGGCAUGGUGGCAGACAGUCCUUACAAAUACAACAUGUAAAGCAUUUACCGUAUCCUAAAUUUGCACUCUUUGCAGACCUGUGCACAUGUACUCAGCUUUCAGAAUAGUUUUGCAAGUUGUAAACGGAAAAAGGGGUGGAAGCUUUUUAAUAAAAGGAAAAAAAAAAAAGGAAGACAACGCAUUUAUAAAUGAUCCUGUAUUAGAAUAUAAUAAAACUCCAGUAUAGUCAGUUACUACCCGUGAUGUAAAACAGAUAUCUUCUAUUUUAGUUGCUAAUAAAGGGCUACACAAACCAAAAUAGUCUGAUUUAAACUUAUUGCUUUGUGUUCUGUAUGUGGCUGCUUGUCAUUAACAUCUUUUCGCCUCAGUUCUUAGCUUGAUAAUUCAGCCAUUCUGUAAAAUACUUUAGAAUGUAUUUUAUAUUCAACAUUUGUUAUGACUACUUCAUUUACAGAUUUUUUUUUUAUCUUAAACCUCCACUAUGAGUUCAGCUGUGCAAAAGAAUUUUAAAAACUUUUUGUAUAUUCUAAUUCUUUUUGUUUUACAAUUAUCUAUAAAAUAGUAUCUUUUUAGUAUGUGAUACAAAUUUGUAUCAGAAAUACGCUUUUAAUGAUUUUUAUGCUGUUUGAUUAUUAAAGUGAAAUAGAUGCAGUAUUUUUAUUUAAAAUGACUUAAACAGUAGCUCGAAAAUGAUAAUUCUUUAGAGUGUCUAUCAAGCAUUCAUAGGCCACAGAAGCCAUACAGUGCUAAGCUCAAGCAGUUAUUCCUCAAAGAUUUAAUUGGGAGGGGAAGGUAAGGCUUCUUUUUUUUUUUUUUUUUUAUUCUUUAUUCUUUGACUGUGGGUAGAAUUGUUUCAUGUUCUCUAACCAUCAUCACAUCUUAAGAGUUCCUGAACUUUCUUCCAGACAAAAUAAUGGUGUAAUUAUUUGAGUUGUCAUUCCUGAAGACUUCCUUUCGUUCUAAUAAGAAAUGCAAAGUAGGAUGGCAGUACUGGCUCAUUAUCUAAAUGGAGAUUUUAUUCCCUGAUAUUUCACCUGCUGUCAAGCAACCUCCUGGUAUGUUCGGCUUUUGUGAGUGGCAGAGGGGAAUUUCAGAAUUCAAUUUAGAUUAUCUUUGAAACUUGCGAGAAUUGCCGCAUGCAAAGUCUUCACCUGAAAGUGUAUCAGACAUCCUGUUUGUUCAUAUUAGAACACCCUUUUGGAAACAGACACUGCUUGCACUGUUUUCUUUAUCACUGUUUUAAUGGUUUUGGCCACCAUUUUAAUAAUAACAGGUGAAUGCUCCAUUUACAAAAUGACCUACUUUGCAGCUGUUCAGAAUCCAUCCCAAAUGCCAAACUCCUUUGCAUGUCCGUUCUUUUAGUUGCCUUAUUGCUCUGCCUUGUUCUUGAAAAGUCUCAGCAGCAGACAGGGAAAACAACUUCCAGAUUUCUUUUGACAGACCGGCAGAAAGGCUGUGUAGGCAAAACUGGAUUGGUAGCCAGUCUUUAUAAAUACUUGUCUGACUGUGCCUUAUUUUAAAAAAAAAAAAGUAGUUUGAUCAUGAAGAUUAACUCUUUUUUUUUUUUUUUUUUUUUUUUAAAUCUUUGGUGAACUGAAGUUUAAUUAGGGUUUGGGUUUCUUUCAGUCUUGUGCCAAAUGCUUAAAGUCAUUAUUGGAACACACGGUUAAUUGAAACAGUUAAGUAUAUACUUUCUCCCUAAGGUAAACACAGUCAUUAGCUUCUGAAUACAAAUGCCUAAGUUGCAUCUUAGUUCUGUAAGAUAGUUUUAAUGAAGACAAAGCACAACUGGAAGAGCUUCAAGGAAAUCAGUCGGCCAUUUUGCUCAGCACAAUGUUACGAAAUACCUUACAGUGAAAGCACUUCACAUGUAAACUGUGUAAUGUAUUUCAAAAUAAAGUUUCUAAUUAAAAUGGGAAUUUCUGUGCCUACUAAUAAUAACCAGUGAUGACAGUUCAGAAGCCUACUCAGAGAGAAAUUUAAAGCUUUGUGAAAUCUGCUGUAACGUAGAAGGAUUUGUUGUAAACCCCUUGUUUGUUUGAAAGCAGAAAAUACCUGACUUCAAAGAACUCAACUUUUUUUCCCUCUUUUUGUGGGGUUGAAGAGAGUUGACUUCAGUGCUCAGUUUCCUGGUGUGUCACUUUAAAAUGUGUCAUAAGGAAAAGUAAAUUGUCUCCUGAAGAGAUCUUCACUCAAGACUAUAGUUUCAUUAUUUUAGCCUUGCCACGUAUUUUAUUCUCACUUAAGUACACAUUUUAAUACAGCAUUUUGGGACAAAGAAUGUCUGGUUUAGAUGAUAUUGAAUAUUCACAGUCCCAUUUGCUUUUGUGGAGGUUUCUUUUCUGGCUGGGAUGAGUGAGCUUUGACCGCUCUUCUGGUGUGAUAAAUCCAGACAGGGACAUGAUUCGUGUUUUAAAAUUUUGGCAUUUUAGAGAAACGUCCAAUGUGUGAAAAUGUUGAUUAAAAUACUAAUUUGUUUUGUUCUCGUGUUGUUCGCAAAAGAGCUUUAUGGGUUUUGUAUUUUUUUUUUUUAAUUACUGUCUUUUAAAAGUGCUUUUAAAGUACUGUCUACUGAAUUCUUAGCUGGCGUUUUUGACACUGAAAUGGAGCAGGAGGCCUUCCGCUGCUUCGGGUUUAGACCAGCAGGAGCGGGAGAAAGCGCGGGCGUAAGCAGCAUUCCGUCCCGGUGCCGUGCGGUGGGUGGCUCCGAGGGCACGGGCAGCCACCUCUCGCCUCCAUCCGAGCCUGAGGACUGUGCCCCUGCCCCCCCGGCACCUGGGCCCUCGCAGCGUGGUGCCAGUUACGGGUAACUACUGCAGCUCUCAGCCUUCCUCAGUUCGUAACGACUGCUUGGCUUUGUUUAAAAAAAAAAAUCCCGUCCUGAGUGGCUUUGAUCUGAUGUUGUUAUUUGAACGGAACUCUUACUCCAGUGUAGCCUCUGGAAAUGCCGGGUUUGCCCAGGACAUUUUUAGGCCUCGCUCUCGCUGCUUCCCCCUCGGGGAGUCAUUGCUGUGUCCCAGGGGCUCUGGAUGUUGCUGCAGGCCUUACUCAGGAAUUUCAAAUUGACAUUCAAGUGCUGAAAUGGGGGGGUUUCCAUCUGAUGCCUGCACACGGAGUCUCCCAGUACCUUGGCAUGUUGUUUCGGUGGCUGGUGUAGGGUUUUUCCAUUUCAUGUUUGUCCUUUUCCCCUUAUUCCCUCAAGAAAAAUGCUUUCCUCUCGUCAAAGGAAGCUUUGCUUUCAAAUGACAUCAGUCACCGUGGUUUACAGUUGUUACUUCCUCGGGCUGAGCUCAGUGUGCUAACUAGCAUCUGAUCCGCUCUAAAAAAUUGCCUAAACGAUUACAUUCAUGGAGAAAUGUUUAAAGUCCCUUGUAUGGGUGACAUUUUGCCUGCAUUCUGCUGUGAGAAACUUUCUGAAAUUAGCCUUGAAGCUCGCCUGUGAAAAGGUCUUCCGUGUGAAGUGAAUUUUGGGAUGCAGUUUAAUGCACCCCGAAGCUGUGAGAUGUUUUGGUUCGGGGCCCGCAGUGCAGCCAAAUUGCCUUUUCAAUAGAUGGUUGCGAAACAUGAUUUGGAAUUGGUCUGUUGGGAUGAACUGACUUUAUUCUUUCAGUAAAGCAACAUCUAUUGCCUCUAUUCUAAUUGUCUCUAGUGCUUUUUUUUUAUUAUUUCAUUUUUUUUCCUCAUUUGAUUUUGUGUAAUUCUGAAAACAAUUUGUCCACGUGUACAGCAGACAACUUCCAGAUGCCUGGUGUCAAUUUGAGGGUUAUCUUAUUCCAGCGUUAGCUGAAAACUCGGUAUUGGCUUCUUCCUGCCACGUCUGGUACCUCUUUGGUAUGUGCAUCCCCUAAUGCUGGGGUCUGAGACAUCUCUCCCAUGGCUUAUACUCCAGGAAUGGAAAUGCCAUGGUAGUGAUAAAGAAUUAAGAAAGAAAUCAUGUCAGUUUGUUUGCUUGUGUUUUGUGGUUUUGGCUGGUUGGAGGAAGUUUGGUAGAGCUUGGAUCUUUUUGGAAAGGGCAGAGGAAUGAGAAGAACAGGCGUAGAUGGGGAAGAAAAUGGUUGCUUUUCCAAUUUAAUGCCAGCAACUGUUCUGCUAUCCUGUUUGGGACCUGACAGGCUGCGAAAUAUUGCCCAGUGCAGCUGUGGGCUGGAUGCAAUGAUGGGCAGCCUACUUCUGCUACUUCCAGGAGAAGAAAUGUUGGAAGUUUUUUGUCCACUGUAGCUCCAUUUGUUGAAGCUCAAGGGUGAGAAUCCUGCGCUGAUAUCUUUAAGUUACAGGUAGUGACAGAGGGACCCCACACCCUCCAGGUUUCUAAGGCAAUGUGUUUGCUUCUUGGCGGAUUUAAGAGAAGCAAAUAAUUACCUCAGCUCUGUGAUCUCCGUUGACGUUAAUGUAAAUAUGUGUUCCCUACAAACAGUUCUAUAUACCUUUUUCAAAGCUUGUGAAACCAAAGUUAUUUAAUUACUGCUUUCAAACAAAAAUAUAUCCUAAUUUGAGUAGUUGUAUUUAAAUCCCAUUAAAGAAUAAUCCAGGGCCUCAAGUCUGCUGUGAGUGAAGGUGGUAAUGAAACUUUAGACUUUGGUGAUAUAGUAUCUGCUCUGUAUAUGACAAAGACCUAAAUGAC